AUGUUGACGAUGGAGUGGGUGAGUCAGAAUCAACUAUUCUUUGUCUCCUUUUGGCGUAUACUUCAAGUCUUCAAGUCGGCAUCGCAGAGACAAACACCAGGAUCAGCAGUGGUACAAGGUCUUGCGGAGUGGGGCCGCAACUCCCAAGGUAACUGUUUCGAUGCUUCCUUGACCGUGGCUGAGACAGAUUUCAGUCCCAAGAUAGCUGCAGGGUCUUUCGCCUCAAAAUACCUGCAAUCUCAAGAGCAAAGACAUGAGAUUUGGGCUGGCGGAGCAAACGAAGGUUCUCCGCCACAACGGGGACCAUUGGCGGCAAGUAGGCAGUCAGCUUUUCACCACAUGCAAUUACAAAAGCCAUCGACACAUUCAAUGCAGCUCCGCCCUCGCCGCACGACGACAGAGACGCAGUGGACAACCAGCGGUCAGGUGUUGGGAGGCAAGAAAGCGAAGGAGAGUCGCCUUCUCAGCAACGACAAGGCUGAUAUGAUGGCGUGCAGGCAAAGCCCAAUUCAGAGGCUGCAGUAUUUUGUGGACCAACACCCAUUCAUCUUCGCGGCCCUAAUGGCGGCGCUUGCUGUGGUGAUUGUGCUUUUGGUGCAGGCCACAUUGAGCGGCGCAGGUGUGGAUAAGCAGCGCUCUUGGUCGGAGGCUGAUGCGCAUGAGGAGGCUUCUGAUAACGAUGUUCGGAGGAUUGUGCAGACGGUGUUCUGCCCUUCACACAAAGGUGAAGCUGGCGUGCAGGCUUGUGAGGUCACGUAUACUCAGAACGACGAUGGGAUUUGUCCUACCUCCAUUCAGCCUCGUGGGCAUAAAGAAUUGAGUUGCUGCACGUGA